CUCUCCGGAACCGUGCCAUAUCAUUCGCCAUUGUCGAUUGUGACGUUUUGUUCAAUUGUUGUUCUUUCAAGAAAAUUCCGGUCUUCAGCAACUUUGGACAGCAUGUUAGGCAGAUCCUUCUUUGCUGACAUGGACAAUGAUCCAUUUUUUGAAGGUCAUAGGGAACAUAUGAGGAACAUGGACCGGCUGUUCCAGGAUCCCUUUGGAAUGUUUGGAGGCCAUCCCAUGUUACAAGGACCUGGCAGAAGUGAUCCACAGAGAGGGACAAGAGCCGUCGCUCAGUGGAAUCCCGCCGAAAUGUCGCCGUUUGGGUUUGGCAACAUGUUUGGAAGCAUGUUCAUGAACAUGAAUGGCAUGAUGUCAAAUAUGGAAAGAUCAUUUGAAACUGCAAGAAAUGAUCCCAAUGCCCAAAUGUUUUCCCAGUCAUCUGUGUAUUCAUACACAAAUACGGGAGGGGAGGGAAGCAGGCCCAGAGUCUACCAAGCAACAUCCUCUGUCAGACAAGGGCCAGGAGGGGUUAAAGAGACCAGAAAAUCAGAAAGAGAUUCUGAGAGGGGCACAGAGAAGAUGGCGAUAGGUCAUCACAUCAGAGAUCGGGCUCAUGUGGUUGAGAGGACCAGACGCAGGGGCGGGGAUAUUGAGGAAAACCAAGAGCUCAUCAAUUUGGAUGAAGGUGAGAAGGAGAGUUUUGACAGAGAAUUUCAAGAAAAGUCCAAGGAAUCCAUGAGGGGGCUGGAAUACAGGCGCAGGGGUGAAAGGUCCGACAGGAGAGCCUUGCCUGAGCCCACACAGAGGCGGGGCUAUCGUGACCGUGAAGGAAGAGAGAAAAACUAAUAAUGGUGUGUAUAUUUGCGCAGUGUUUGUGUUCAUGAUGUACAUGAGUAUGAAUAUAAGUUCUACUCAAUACGCAAUAUGAUACAUUUCUACAAGAACCUGUAUCUUCAACACCAACACAAGAAACAUGCCGGUAUUUAAAAGAAUUGCCAUAGCAUUUAGCAUGAUUUAGUGUUAAUUUUUCUAUGGUAAAAGAUCUAGACAGCAUUGGCUGUCUUACAAUUUGCUGCAUUCAGCAAUUCUUGUCCAUCAGAGAAUUUAAAGUCAUUUUUCUUCUUCCUUUUUUCAGGCACAAAUGUUUUGUUUGAAAAACUGUGUGUGAGAUGAAUGCUACAGAAAAAAAACCUGGUGAUUAUUAUUUAUAUUUAUGUGAACUUUUACAUGAAGAAAUCUGUUGGAAGAGAGGAAGAUUUGUCAUGGUUUGAUUUGCAGGAACGUCUGCCACGGUUGUUUCAGCUUCUUGUGCAGAUUUUAUUGUUGUCUCAUUUUUUAACAAUUGAUCUUGUUUGGAUAUUGAAUACAAAAGCCAAUUCAAACAGACCACAUGGGAGGAAGAGAGGAUAAUGCAACAGAUUUUUCUUCGUGUUUUGUGCAGAUUGAAAUCCGUCCUUGAACUCCUUUCUGUUGCAUUCAUCAUCACGCAACCUAUGGUGGAUCUGGCGUUUGUUUUUUGUUUUCAUGCAAACAUUUAUUAAUGACCACAAUUAUUUAAGAUGUAGAUUUAGAACUAUGUCUUUAUAUCACUUGUAAAUAGUAUUUAAUGUAUUUGAUUAACACUUCAGCAGACUUAGUUUGUGGACUUGUGCUAGUGGUGUGUUUUUUGCUAAAGAUCUAUGUAUCUAUACAUUACUCAAGAAUGUCUUUGAAGACUAAACUAACAUUGUAGCAAGGUGAAAAUAUUCUACAAAUCUGUUACAUUAGAGUGUGCCAAGUUAUACUAAUUAUAUUUGCAUUAUUAUUGAAUUUUUUUUCCUUUUUUAUUCUAACAUUUUACUAAUCCAAAGCCAGCUCACAAACUUUGAAAAAAAAAACCCUAAUUACAGGGAAGGCAUCUUAAAGCUCUCAAACAUUCCUGUGUUUUGAUGCUGCCUAUGAAUUACAUUCCCAAUUUUUACAGUAUACUUAACUUCACUGUUGACUUGGCUCACACAAGCUCAAACUUGGUCAUUUGUAUUCUUGUCUGCUAUGGAAAGCUCAUGAUUUAUUUGUUUCUUGGUGAUGAGCUAAUACUUAUAGUUUUCUAGCACUCACUAGCUGAUGAACACUUUGAAAACAUUACGGCUAAAUUAUAAAUUUCUUUUGUCAAUGUUGAAACAACAAAUGAUAUUUUUUUCCUACAGUGAUUUCUGGGAAAUCCAUCUUAAUUCAAAUCUACAACCUUGUAUUAUGUAAAAAUGCACAUUGUUUUUCUUCUGAAUAAAGUAGAAACAAGCAA